AUGCCGUCCGCUUUGUCCGACGCGGACAAGCAAAUAAUCAAAAGAGUGGUGCCCAAGGCGGUCAACAAGAUACAGGCUGCUGCGGUGGCUAGGCUUUACGUAGCUUAUCCAAAUAAGCAACAAUGGGUCUACACUGGACUUCAAGGUGCAGCUGUGCUGGCAGACGAUCUGGUUGGGAACACCUUCUGGAUCAAGUUGGUAGAUAUUUCAGGAUCCAGUCGCGGCGUGGUAUGGGAUCAAGAGAUUUACGACCCCUUCUACUACAAUCAGGAUAGGACCUUCUUUCACUCGUUUGAACUUGAAAAUUGUCUGGCUGGUCUAUCCUUCGUGGACGAGAAAGAGGCCAAACAAUUCAAGAAGAAGAUGGACGACCGGGAGAAGAAUGCGAGCAAGGCCACCAAAGCAACGCCGUUCCAAGGCUCGGAACCGCAGCCAGCAGGCGGGGUAGUAACCAACGGAAAAUCGCACCAUCGGUUCGGAGCCAUUGGUAGCCUAUUGCACGGCCAGAGGUCCUCCUCCGCUCCACACGUACCGCAACCACAACCGCAGUCUAUUGUCCCUCCCCGGGAGCCUGCGCAACUCAACCAUGCACAGAUCAGUCCAAGCCGUGAUAGGGCGUCAUCGCUGGAUACGGUUGAUCCGUCAUGGAGAGGGUUAUUGGGCGAGCUACUGGAGAUGGGCAUCACCGAGGAUCAGAUCGAGCAGAAUUCCGAUUUUAUUAAGGACUAUAUAGAACAGCGAAAGGCAAGCGGAAUUCCGAUUGGGGGCAACGAUGGUGUCGCCAAUGGCUUCGGCGAUGAUCGACGAGCCAAUGCACCUCCCUCUCCGCUGCCAGGAGCUCCACCUGGACGAUUGGAAUCCAUCAGCCCACAGGAUACUGGCAGUACCGUUUCUUCGAAACGAGGUCCACCCCCUGCCCCACCGCCAUCUCGAAAGACUCGCCAAGAAAGUCAGACUGUCAUUCCCUCCCAUCAGGAAAGGUCACGGUCAAGGUCUCCUGAGAGGACGCCAUCACCACGCCCGGCUUACCAAUUCCGGGCACCACCGCCACUCGCAGACGCUGGCAAGUUCGCGCAAGCGCCAGCUCCGAGCCUUCCGAAGCGUAAUCGAGCUGUCUCGAACGUCGCAAACCCUGGUCCACCUCCACCUCCCAGACCUCCAAAGACGCCUAUAGAGGACGAAGCGGAUGCAAGACCAAAGUUCGGCGUCCCCCCACCUUUUCAAGGAGAAAGAAAGUCUUCGGUGGCCCCUCCACCACCGCCAAGUCGAGCUCCCCUACAGUCUUCUCCACGCACUUCUCGAGAGGCCGGUCACGGACAUGCCGUACCGCCUAGCGUUGCCGCCGCGCCUCCGCUUCCUCCCAAAGGUCCAGCUGCACCACCUCCAUCCGCGGGUCCGCCUCCCCCACCUCCUUUGCCUGGACAACGCCAUCCAUCCGCCAACCCCCCGCCACCUCCAUUGCCCACGAUACCAAGACCGGUACCAAGUGCUCUAACUUCUUCGGGAGGCCCCCCUCCGCCUCCUCCCCCACCAUUGCCUUCAUCCGCUGCACCACCUCCUCCGCCACUGCCCUCGUCUGGUGCUCCACCGCCACCGCCAAUGCCAAUGCCAUCUGGCGGAGGUCCUCCUCCUCCACCUUUGCCGCCUGGUCGAGACUCCGUCAGCGCUCCACCCCUAACGAAACCGGCAGGAGGAAAGGAAGAUGUGCUGGCUUCUAUUCGAGCGAGCGGCGGCGUUGGUGGAGGCCGAUUGAAGAAAGUCAGCGACCAGGAAAAGCGUGAUAGUAGCGCUGCUACGGUCCCAGGUGCAGCAUCCGGAGGCACUUCAGGCGGAGCAGCGCCGCCACCUCCUUCGGGAGGAGGUGGAUUGGGGGAUGCGCUUGCUGCGGCAUUGAGUAAAAGAAACAAAAAGGUCAGCGCAAGCGAUGAUGAAGAGGACCAGGAGGACGACUGGUAA